AUGACGAUUGUCGAUAUCCACACUCAUGUAUACCCCCCUGCCUAUAUGAAGCUUCUCCGCUCCCGAACUACAGUCCCCUAUGUGCGGACAUUCCCCCCCUCUACCGAGGAGCGACUCAUAAUCCUGCCAGGUGAAAAUUCGUCCAAUAACUCCACAGCUCGAGGCCGCCCUAUCGGUCCUGAGUACUAUGAUUUUAGUUACAAGAUUGCCUUCAUGGACCAACACAAUAUUGACAUCUCUGUUGUUUCGCUCGCAAACCCUUGGCUCGACUUCUUGCCCCCAUCUGAAGCUGCAGCCACAGCGAAGGACAUCAAUGAUGAUAUGAACACCACCUGCGGAUCAUACCCUGGCCGAUUAUAUGCCUUUGGAACGCUUCCAUUGAGUGGGAGCGUGGAAGAGAUCACAGAAGAGAUCAGGAGGCUACAAGGGUUGCCAUGGAUUAGGGGCGUCGUCAUGGGUACUUCGGGGCUAGGUAACGGGCUAGAUGACGAGAAGUUGAACCCGGUGUAUGAAGCGCUACAGGAGACUUGUCAGACAAUGUUUCUACAUCCUCAUUACGGGUUACCUACCGAGGUGUAUGGACCAAGGGCGUCCGAGUAUGGACAUGUUCUUCCCUUGGCGCUAGGCUUUCCCCUUGAAACGACAAUUGCAGUUGCACGCCUCAUCCUCUCUGGUGUCUUUGAUAGAUACCCAAGCCUCACACUGCUCCUCGCUCACUCUGGCGGUACCCUCCCCUUCCUCGCGGGCCGUCUUGAGUCUGUCAUUGCACACGACGCGCAUCUCAAGACCACAAACACAGCGCCUAAGCGAAGCAUUUGGGAUGUACUAUCCAAGAAUAUUCUACUAGAUGCAGUUGUGUAUUCACCGGUUGGGUUGAAGGCUGCAGUAGACGUGGCUGGUGCUGACAGAGUCUUAUUUGGGACUGAUCAUCCCUUCUUCCCACCCCUAGAUGGGGAGGAGGAACAGUGGUUAAGCGUAACGACCAAUUACAAUGCUAUUAAGGACGCAUUUGGAGAGGAAGGGGUAGCGGACUGUGUCUUGGGGGACAAUGCAAUUAGGCUUUUAAAUUUGGAUGCCAAGGUGUAA